GAGACGCUGCGGGGGAGGCGGGCAGGUCCUAGGAUUUGCUGCCCUGGUCUGGUAAGUAACUAUCACUAAACUGGGUUUCUUUGGUGUCCCCCUGCUCCUUGUUGGGGGAUGCCAGUGGAUGCAUCACUCAACUUGCAGUAAUAAAACUAAAUUUGAAGUCGAGGAGAUUUAAGCCUUAGUUAAGUGAAGUGUUUGAGCACAAACUGUCACAGGUGGAAGAUUUCUGCCCUCAAAGUAACCGAAAACAUUGCAGUUUUUGUUGUGUGGAGAACAAGUUUGUGUUUGUAGUUAGGGACCUGUCAGGCCAAUAGUUAACCAAGUUUUAAAAUGAGUUUAGAUCCACAGUUCAAAUCAGUUUAUUGAGCAUUUGCAAAGAAUGGAACAUUGCCCAGUGUAAUUCGGAAUUGGUGGAUUCAGCGGUUUAGCUGAAAAUCAUUAGAGGGAAAAGUAUCAUUUUAAUAGUAGGAAUGCAAUCCAUAAAUAGUAAUCGCACAAUUUGCACACCAUACAAUGCUGAUGCAUCUUGUUUAUUUUAAACCACGUUCUUGUUGUCAGCCUAAUCGGUAGGGAUUCCAUUCUUCAUUUGUGAUAUUCAGAAUUUCCUUCUCUUGUCGGUUUUUAUCUUUUUCCCUUAAUUAAAGUUGGACUGUGGCUCCUGCGCUAGUGAUAAGGCAGCUGCAGUGCAACUGCUGCUUCUUUCUGUUUUGCUGGAAGCGGUUUCUUUCUUGGAGGUGGACUUCUUUUAGAACCGAGAGGAUUUAUGAAGUUUGACACAGGGUGAGUGGUCAUCCCGGCGGCCGGUCCAAAUGUCAGGUUUGGAAUUCAAGUUGUCCUGUGACACCUCUCAGAAAGCCCAGGAGCGCUCCUCUAGCAAAUGAUGUUUUAAAAGUUUUUUGCCUGGCCCGGAGGCCGCAGCGCGCGUGGAGGUGAGGGGGUGGGAGCCGCUGCAGCAGCCUGCAGGGUUUGUUGCCCUUCAAAUUCACAAGAAGACAUGGUAGCAGGGGUCGGGCUCGUCGGAAGAGCCGCGGCCGGGGCUGCUGACAGGGCCGGCGGGGAGCGGGCGCGGAGGCCCGGCCCGGCCGCGGUGCGGGGCGAUGCUCGGGGCGGAGGGAGCGGCCGGGCCGGGCGCUGCCCCGCGGGGAGCGGUGCGGGGCUCCGGCGGGAGCGGAGGGGGGGCUGGAAGCCCCGGUAGCCUCGACCAGUCCCAGCCCCAGAGACACACACACACGCACAGAGAGGAGGAGAAGCCGCCGCCGCAUCUGGGAAUAUGAACGCCCCCCCCGCGGCAGGUCGGACCGCCUCGGCUCCAUGGAUGACAGUGAAACUGGGAGAGAGCAGCGGGGAGGACGGGGUGAAAAAGCUGGGCAAGAGAGCAGGAGGAGAUGAGGAGUCCCUGGAAGAAGAAGGGGCAGGAGGAGGAGGAGAGGCAGCUCCAGGCAGCAGCAGCACAAAGAAAGAAGAGAAGAUUAUUAACAACAACCCUAACAGCAGCCCCCCACCGAACCCCAGCUUAUCGCAGGCCCCGGCCUCCCUCCAGCCCUCCCACAGCCAGGACCAGCAUCAUUUUCUCAGGUCCAGCGUCAGACCUCAGAGCAAGAGGCUGAAGAAGGAUUCCCAGGCAUCCUCUUCAGUUGGCAGCAGCACUGCUGCAAAAGGCAAAGCAGCAGAUAAUGGAGGGACUGCGUCUGGUGGCACAUCAGCAAUUCCUCCCAGCAAUCCUACUGGGAAUUCCAAGUCAGCGGCCAGGAACCUGGGCUCCUCAGCUGGAGAGAAGGAGGAAGGAAAGAAAGUCAGGCGGCAGUGGGAAUCAUGGAGUACAGAGGACAAAAAUACUUUCUUCGAGGGACUGUAUGAGCAUGGGAAGGACUUUGAAGCUAUCCAGAACAACAUUGCCCUGAAAUACAAGAAGAAAGGCAAACCAGCAAGCAUGGUGAAGAAUAAGGAACAGGUCCGCCAUUUCUACUACCGCACCUGGCACAAGAUCUCAAAGUACAUUGACUUUGAUAAUGUGUUUUCUCAAGGGCUGAAAAAAUCCUCCCUGGAGCUUUAUGGCUUAAUCUGCUACGGGGAGCUAAGGAAAAAGAUUGGGGGAUGUAUGGAUGACAAGAAUGCAGCUAAACUCAAUGAGCUGAUUCAAGCCGGGGCUACGACUGUUCGUUACAAAGGCAGAAACCUUCGUAUCAAAGCUCCGAUGUGCAGGGCUUUGAAGAAACUCUGUGAUCCAGAUGGCGUUAGUGAUGAAGAGGACCAGAAGCCAGUACGUCUUCCUCUCAAGGUCCCUGUGGAGUUGCAGCCACGAAAUAAUCAUGCGUGGGCUCGAGUACAGAGUCUUGCCCAGAAUCCACGGCUCAGGAUGAUUGUGGAGUUACAUCGGAAGGUCUCCAGCCUCAUUGAGUUCCUGAAGCAGAAGUGGGCUCUCCAUGAAGUGCGUAUUCGUAAAACACUAGAAGAACAGCAGCUUCAAGACUCCAGAGACCCAGAAACAAGAGGCAGCUUCUCAGAGGAGAAAGUGAUGCUCCAUCUCUUUCCAGGAGAGAACUGUACGCUCACUCCGCUGCCUGGGGUAGCCAGAGUGGUCCACUCCAAGGCUUUCUGCACAGUGCAUUGGCAGGAAACUGGCAAAUGCAAACAGAACACGAAAGAUGCUCACUUACUACCCCCUGCACAAAUCCUAGGCAUACAGAGUGGUCAGGGGACAGCUAGGGGACAGAUAAAAUACACGCGGGGAACGGAAGGUAAGGGUGUUGGAAAGGCAGAGAGCACUACAGAGUCAAGCAGAACCUCUCAGCCCACAGCUGAAGUUUCUGCAAGCACUGAAGAUGGCGCCCCAGAGACUGGCCUGGGGGAAGGAGCAGCCUCAAACCUUGGCAUCACUAAUUCUCUCCAAAAACUGCCUUCUGGACUUCAAGAUCCAGGAGGGAAUCAUGAAAAGCUGAGCUCAGUGGCCUUCUGUGUGGAGGGCAGGGAGGCCCUGGCUAGUGACCAAGCAACUGUGCUACCAUUGUGCAGCACAGAUUGUGCUUGCAGCAAGAUCCCUGAUGUGGAGGAGCUGUCUCUGCUUGAUCCAUUCCCACGGUACAUGAAGUCCUGUCAGGACCUGAUCGUCCCAGAGAAAUGUUCUUGCACAGACAAACUGCAUGGGAAAGACUCUACUCCAGCAGCUGGUGAUACUUCUCCUGUGGCUUUUCCAAACGGGAGGAGCACAGAGGCAUCUGACUCCUAUUCACAGCUACCGAGAGGUGGUGUGGCUUCACCUGGCAGUGGCCCAUCCAGAUAUGAAACUCAGGCUACCCACAGCCAGGGCCAGCAGCUUGAUGCUUGUACCAAGGAUAUCACGGGUGCAGUAAUGGAGGAUUCUCAAGAGAAGCUGGGCUCCUCAUUUCCCCCUCCACCUCAGGGACAACCUAGUACAAAGUCUCUCAAGGAUGACCCAAGCCGGCUCUCUCAGCAGGUUAGAGAAGAAGGAUGGAGCCUACGAACUUCGGAGAGCCUUACGCUGGCUGAAGUCUACCUCAUGAUGGGCAAACCGAACAAGUUGCAACUGGAAUAUGACUGGCUGGCUGUCUUGGAGCCAGAAACCCAGGAUGCUAGGGAGCAAACGUCUGAGUCGAGUGCUGUUCCUGCAUGUACCACCUUUCACAAGCAGAGACUCCUCAACUGCCUUUUAAAACUCAUCUCUACUGAAGUCAAUCCCAAACCAACGCCAGAGAUGAGCUCUGUUGCCACGUCACCAAUAAAGCCUGCUCAAGAGGAGCAGUCACUGACUCCUCCGGGAAAGGUGAUUGCCAUCAGCACCAGGAGUCCAGGUUGUGCACGGAAUCAAUCUGCCCUUCGCAACAACAAGACUUUUUCUCCUGGUGCUGCUUCCAGCUCCUCAGGUUUGAGAAACCUCCCUAGACCUCUCUUGGUGGCUGGUCCUUCAAGUUCUGGAAGCACUGAUGCAGAUGGUGGACUCUUUGCAGUUCCUACAACUCUACCACCCAACAGCCGCCAUGGGAAACUCUUCUUGCCUAGCAAAGAAGCAGAACUGACCUUCCGGCAGCACUUAGACACCAUCAGUAUGCAGUCGGACUUCUUCUUGCCAAAGCCAAGGAAGUUACGGAACAGGCACUUGCGGAAGCCAUUAGUAGUACAGAGAACACUUCUGCCCAGGCCGUCUGGAAAUCCGUCCCAGCAUGUCUGUUCCUUUUCCAUCUUAUCCAACUCAUCCAUUACAGGGAGAGGUUCUUUUCGGCCAAUCCAGUCCUCGCUGACUAAAGCUGCUGUUUCUCGUCCAAUCGUGCCCAAAGUUCUUCCAACACAGGCUACCAACCAUCUGUCCAGUGCUAUCGACUUGGCAGCUAAAAGUGCCGGUAUUAUCCCUGGUAGCCCUGUGCCUGUCCUGGAUGCAGAUGGUUUGUCAGGCGUCUCCCCAUUGUCACCAGAUGGAGUGACCGCGGUGGUAACAGGGCAGGAGUCAACAGUGGCGCAUCAGAAUGGAGGCUCCAUCACCGCUGUAGAGGGCUCGGGCCCUGGCUGCCGGGUUCCGUUCAUCAGCCUACCAACGCGGCACGAGCAGGAGGCGGUCCCUGAUGGUUUCCAGGGCACAUCAGUCCUUUCUCUGCCAGAACUGUCCAAGACUCCCCUCCAAAAUGGGCUUUCCACCCCUCCGCUUCCCUCAUCAGAGGCUUCCAGCACCCGGCUCUCUCCUCCCAAUGUUUCUGCUCUCUUGGAUAUUUCUCUGCCUGGACCACCUGAAGACGUGCUUUCUCAAGGAGAACCUGCCACUCAAAUCAGUGAUUCCAUCAUUGAAAUAGCCAUCAGCUCUGGUCAAUACAGUGAAGGUGUUUCUCUCUCUCCUGCAAAACUGAAUGGCAGUGACAGCUCCAAAAGUCUUCCGUCCCCAUCCAGUAGUCCUCAACAGAACUGGAUUGCCUCUCCCAGCCACGAUCCCCAGUGGUACCCCAAUGACUCCACAGACUCGUCUCUCAGCAGCUUGUUUUCAAGUUUCAUCUCCCCCGAGAAGGGACGAAAAAUGUUGCCAACUCCUGUUGGGACUGCCAGUGGCACCUCCUUACUCGGACCCAGCCUUCUGGAUGGAAACUCGCGAGACUCUUUUGUGUCACGCUCUCUGGCAGAUGUAGCAGAGGUGGUGGAUUCCCAGCUGGCUUGCAUGAUGAAUGAGAACAGCAUAGAUUACAUAUCACGUUUUAAUGACCUUGCCCAGGAACUAUCAAUACCUGAGCCAACCCGCAGGGAAAUUCUGUUUGACGGAGGAGGUGGUGGUCCCCCAAUCGGGGAUCUCUCACAGUGAGUGUGUGAGACCAGCAGGCUGGUGUAGACUGUUCAGCUAACGUUGGAGCUUGCAGCGUUGGGUCAUGGCAAAGGCAGGCUGUAGAGAAGCAGCUUGAGGCUCGGUUGUCCCUGUCUUGUGCGCUUCUUUCUAAAAGAGAAGCGUCAUCUUCAAAAGUCUGAAGAAGUACUUGCAAGUCCUGGAAUGUGCAAUAUACUGGGAACAACAAAACGUGGAAUAAUAUUAAUAGGAAAUGGUGGCCCUGCAUCGGUGAGAUAAGAUGGCAGGUUUAUGGGACAGUCCUGGACUUGUACUUUGGAAUGGCCUAAGCAAGAAGCUCAAGCAGGGAAGGGUAUUGCCAGAAGCUCCCCUACGUGAAUUAUUUUUUGCGUAGUAAUCAAAAUGACAUGAUUUGGGAUCCACAUUGAAGUUGUGGAGGAUAAAGGGUGGGGGUGGGUAUGGGAACCAUUUUGCAUCUUGACAUGUCCUGGUUGGCACUCUUUUUAAUCAGUCAGUCCAACUGAAGUUUCUUGCACUCUCUUCAAAGGCGCUGCGACUCUACGAUGCUUCAUUUUUAUAGAGCAUUCUCUUUCUUUGGCUAUGUUUUGUUGUUUGACCAUUCCAGCAGGGGCACGCACCUGGCUUUCUUGUUUUGUAGGGGAGCUCUGAUUCACCCUGCUCCCAGAUUGCAUGGAUCCUUGGGGAGUUUCCUCUAUUCUUAAACCACAUCGCACGUCACAAUCAUCAUCAUCCUGACUGUACCCACAUUCUCUACCUUUGAGAUUCUUCACCACAUUGCACAGUUCAUCCCGUGAGUGGGAGAGCGCUUUCUUGCUUUCCUUGAAGAACGGUUGCUUUUUAAGUCAGGAAACACUUCUAAAGAGCUUACUGGAAUCACUAUGAAAGCUUUGUCAUAAUUAGUCUUGGCUUUGCUGGAAACCUGUAUAUAUUGCCAUCUUUUUUCACAAAAACUGAGGGUUUACCUGGGGAGAGGAAAUAGGAAAGAACAUUUUAACGUGUAGAAACAAAUAAUAUGUUAACGCUAAAGUUGUUGAGAUCUGUUUUGUGUCCUGAAGAGGAGAGGUGUCAAGUCCUAGCUUAUUCCUUUAGUCCUUCCUUAUUUCCUCCUUGUUCCGUGAAUUCCAGGUGCUCUGUAGUACCUCAGGGCAUCAUUUUUCAUUAUAGUCACUCCCAGGCACUAGUGGAUCUGGUACUCCCUCUACUAAAUCCCUAUGCAUUUAGUGUUAGUGUUUUAAUAUUUGAAAGGCCCAGAUCCUGAUACCAGCAGGUUCAAAGGAAUAUAAAGUUACUUUCUCUGCAGCUGGUUGUCCAUCGAUUCUACCUUUAUAACUCAGGAGACUUUUGCUAUUUCCCUUCCUGCCGGUCAUGAGAGAGAAUACCUUUAUUGUGCCCCUUUUUUAAGCACUUGUCUGCUUCUCCAGUGAAAGGAUGUCCCUUGGCUGUUUUAAGUAGCUCUGAACUUGUCCGAGGGGCUAGUCCUGUAUAAACCUCAACUUUAUAUUAUGAAUAAAUAAACAAAACUUCUCCAUCUCUUAGGCUAUUAUCAGGGGUUCAUUUUCCCAACUUGCACUAUUCUUGGUGGAUGUAGUUCUACCUGCCUUUAGCUACUUUUACGAGGCAUUUGACUGGGAGUUUCUUCUUGUAACCUUGCUCGUGAUGCACUGAUUAGACUUGCCGUUUUCCCAGUCACUUUACCCUGCUUUAUGUAGAUUUUUUUUUUUUAACCGCUAUAUAGUUCUAUGCUUUCUAUCAUUAAGAGAAAAAGUAACAGGUUUUCUGAUGUACCUUUUGUGUGGCCCGGAGCAACCUUCCCGAUUCACUCAAAAAGCAGUGAGAUUUGGGUGACAUUCCAAGACCCCACGUGUCAGGUUGCUGCAUUCUCCUCUUUGACAUAGGAACCAUACAGAUGUGUAAAACCAGCAUUAGUGCAGUUGGACGUUCCCAACAGGGAGGCAAACCUGUAUUAUUCGCAAGAAAAAAGAAUCAUGAGUGGAAGAAUGGAGAAUUUCAUACCCGUGGGCUAACUUCCUCUUCCGUCUGCAUGCCAUGUGGGAUAUUAAGUCCUUCUGUCGUUAUUUCUCUUUCAUUGUUCUUACAGAGCCUUAUUUGAAAAUUCCGAUGCAAUUAUCAGGAAAUCAUGCAAACCUAGAAUAUAAAAAGUUGAAGGCUGCCAGAACAAUGAAUGCUGAGGAGCGUACCGUUCUGAGCAUUCACCUUUGGUAUUGAGAGGAUACCCAUUAAUCUCAAGAGUCACUCCCUCUAAAACUUUUUCAGUUCUACUUCGAGUUGAGCUGUGUUUUGGUUCAGUCUUUCCCAGAUUGUUUCCUCUUGGUUUUGGCUUCUUAUGUUAGUAAUGCUGAUGAUCCUAUAUGCUGUACCUCCAAAAAUCCUUUGGACUUGCAGGACAAAAGUUGAGGGCUCCUACUCUAGCUGUGGAUUACAGGACCCGCAGGAGGAGAUGUGAUGCAUUCGAAUCAACUACUGUAUUUAAAAAAAAAAAAAAAAAAUCUGAACUCUCAUUCUUAAACUUCUGAAUAUUGAAAGACCAGCCUGAUGGUCUCCAAUGUAUUUAGGUAGCUUGACAAACAUUUCGCCGUCUUUACCCUACUAAC